AUGCCAGCUUCAGCAAACCCUUGCAAAUAUCUUAUAUAUUAUCCUUUCUCUCCAUUAACUAUCGCCAAAACUCAUAACAUUAUUUUGUAUAUUAUAUGUCUUCUGAUAUGGCAUGAUGUUCUGCCGAAGGAAGGAAAGUUCCUAGUUGCCAUUCCUAUACUCAAUAUACUCUCCAUAGCUGUAGCUUUCAUCUCAUUAUGGUUUAUGGUUCAAAAGUUUUAUUGGAAAAAGUUGGAAGUUAUUCUUGACACCAGUGCCUUAUUCUUCUCGAUUCUUUCAUUGCUCAUUUCCUUAUUUAACAUUAGACUCGAUUUAACAAUUAUCGUCGUUCAAAUACUCACUUCAUUUUCUUGGAUAUUCUGUAUCAUCUGGUCGUACUUUCACACAUUUAACAACGUUUCAAAUUUAUUCAUAAGCGAGUGGGGCGAAGCAACGACAGAUAUUGAGAUUGAAGCCUUGGAAGAUCAUUUUUAG